ACUAUACUGUGCUCCACACGUACCCAAACAUACUGCCAACCAUGAAUAGCGAUGGACAGCCGCCACACCGCGUCGUUCCACCGAGUAGACGGAGAGACAAGCCUGUACUCUCGUGUUCCCUCUGUCGUCGGCGCAAGCUGAAGUGUGAUCGUCAGCAGCCAUGUCAAAGCUGCGUACAGCGCGGGUUAUCGCUUGCCUGUACCUAUGUCCAGCGUGACGUCGGACAUGGAAGCAAAGCUGCGCCAGAAAGUGUACACGACAGAAUCGACCAGCUUGAGAGGCUUGUCACCGCCCUCAUGGAAGGGAAGCGAAAUGUUCACAGUAGCUCACCCGCUGUGUCUAGCCCUUUCCUACCUUUAGACGAAGACAAUAGUACUAAGGAAAUUGGUGGUACUCCUGAUCGUGUGAACUUGGGUGACGACGCCACCAGCUACGAGAGCAGUGGACACUGGACGAAUAUUCUCGACGGCAUCACCGAACUGCGCGAGGAACUAGACCGCAUUGCUGCGACUGAAAAGCAGGUGGACCGCGCCGAAGUCGAUAUUUCUGGUCCAGAUUUGCUGUUUGGGAGACAACGACACCUUACAAAGAGCGAAAUCCUUGCAGCCGUCCCUCCACGAUCCGAAGCCGAUGAACUGGUCAUCACAUACUUUGCAUCAAUGGAUAUGGCUCCAAUAGCACUCCAUCGACCGUCCUUUAUGCAAGAGUACAAUCGAUUCUGGGAACGACCUUUUGAUACGCCAGUCAUGUGGCUUGGCUUGUUAUUCUCCAUCUUCGCAACCGCAACUCGGUUCCGCGUUGUGCUUGAUAAUCCAGACCGUCUCUGUACUCAUGCGGAAUUUUCCCUCUACUCCGCACGAAUGGAUCUCUAUCGAGAGAAGGCUGUCCACUGCUUGAUUCUCGCCAAUUAUUCAAAUUGUCCUCCUUACACGAUCGAGGCACUUCUCCUGUAUUUCGUCACUGAAUACUUCCGAUUCCAAGAUGCACAAUUCGGCAUCUACGUUCUCGUCGCCAUCAUUGUCCGCCUCGCCUUUCGCAUGGGGUACCAUCGAGAACCGUCCCGGUUUCCCAACAUAUCCGUUUUCCAAGGCGAGAUGCGGCGCCGAGCCUGGGUAAUGAUUGUACAGCUGGAUUUGAUAACGUCGACACAGUUCGGGUUACCCCGAAUGAUACAGCCUUCAAUGUAUGACGUGAAGGAACCCAGAAUCCUCAAUGAAGAAGACCUGAACCCCGAUAUGGGAGAGUUGCCCCCGUCAAGAUCAGGAUCGGAGCCCACUCUGAUGCUAUACGUUUUGGUUCGUAAUCGCCUACUUCAAUUAUUCUCUCGCAUAACGGAUCUCACUGCGUCUCUGACGCAUCCACCCCAUUCCGAGGUACUGAAACUGGAUCAGGAGAUCCAGAUUAUGCAUGAGAAUUUGCCACCUUCAGUCAGGGCAAUAUCCGUCAGAGACUUUGACAAUGCAGACUCUACCCACGCCAUGUGGGGCCUCUUUCUGGGUUUGAGCUUCCUCCGGGCAAAGCUAAUGGUACACCGUCCUUUCCUUCUUCUAGGUCGAGCGGACGCUCGCUUCCAGUAUUCUCGUAUUACCUGCCUCACUACCGCACUCGAGCUCCUCGAGUUCCAAAGGAAAUUAGACAUCGAGUCUCGUCCCGGGGGUCGCCUCUGGACAGUUAAAUGGCGACUGUGGUCUUCCAGCUGGCGCUUCUCCUCUAUAGUCAACCAUGACUUCCUACUAGCAACUACUGUGUUGUCGGUGGACCUUGACAAGGACCUCACGUCCACAUCUCCGGUCUCCCCCAGUGCAGGCCAGUCACUUGAACUUGGGAGCCCAACUCAGGCAGAAAUCGUUACGGCAUUAACAAAUGCAUACACGAUCUGGAAAGGGCAGAGCGAGCAUUCACGUGAAGCUCGGAAAGCUGCCGCCGCGGUGCGUUUGGUGCUUCGCAAGGCAUCGGUGAACGUGGACGACGAUGGUAUAAGAGGCAAUUGGGCCACCGAAAGCUACCUGAAUAGAUUUUCUCCAGUCGACAUCACCGGUCUGUUUCCUCCACAAGGAGACCCACAAUUCCAGAGCCAGCUAUUCAACUCUGAUUAUAUAAGUUUUGCGAAUCUUGACUUCACGCAGUCUCUGUUUCCAGAUGCCACGGGGAAGCUCCCAGGAACCGAUUGGACUCUCAUGAAUCCUGGACUUGGCCCGAUAUAGCAAUAAGGGCACUUUUGCCGGAAUAUGCAGCUGGUUCAUAGGGGUAUAGUUUGUGUAGUAGUACCUAGAGACCACUUAGAGUGGCUACAGCAGUGGACGACGAGUUCAAUGACGGUUAUAAUACUAUGAAUAUCCUCAUUUCCAAUUGGAAAAACGGAGUGUAGGGAGCUUGCAGGUCCAGCAUAGUGUGUAGAAUACCGCUUUCGGCUUGAAAGCGUUGCUUCGCCUCAGGCAUCUGUAUGAAUACAAGGGGUCGGAAUAAGGUUUAGUCUCUGUUAGUGAUAUAUGGUGAACAGUUCACUAUUACCUGCUCGUCGUGG